UGACGUAAAUUAACUGUUUUUUUUCUACAAUGCUGGUCUCUAAACAAUAAUAAAUCGCAAUAAAUCAUCUUUUGACGGAGUUUCCCAAUUGACGGCCGUGUUUAGAUGCAAGGUCGUAACACAAACUCCGCAUAGUCACGCGAAAUCGAAAAUGACAGAGGCCUCAAACGCGACUCCGGGCGAAAACGACCUAAUCGAUGGCAACAAACUGAGCGUUGAUGUCUUGAAGGAUCUGGCUCAUAAUAACUCCGAGUUUUUCGUCACGGACAGCAGCGAAAAUGGACAGAGGUUGUACAUUUCUUUCCUUGCGAUCAUGGAUGGCAUCGAGUUAUUGUGGCCUAAAGUUAAGCGGAUCGAAUCCAGAUGUGCGGAGUUCGAUUUCGACGAGGAGACUCCGGGAAAUGGGUACCGCAGCUUUUUGGGGAUUGUCAACCUAGCUAUUGAAGCUGCCAUUCAGUUAAACAAGAAAGUUAUCUUGAAAAGGAACAAAGUGUUGUUCAGGAAGAGUGUUGUUGCUAAGGAUGUGGAGUGCUUUUCACAUUUGAUUUCUAGCCUGGACACAUGCCUAAAACAUCUGGAAACAUUAUUAUCUUGGAGCAGUGAUGGCAGUUUAUUUCCAGAUGAAUCCCAUUCUCCAGUUGAAUUAUUGUCACAUUGUGAAGACAUUAACCAAUACUGUUUUUAUGGCAGAUGUAUGGGAUUUCAAUUUUGUGAAUCUCUGAAAAAUGUUUUGCAAUUCAUUGCACUUUCCAUGGCCAUAUUUUCAGAGGCAUAUUAUGGCCAAGGUUCUCUGUUGAGUAAAGCAACAAACCAUGUGAUGACAGCAACAAAAUACAUAACGGAUCCCGAACAACGUGCCCGCCGCAUCGUCAACAUUUCUCAAAACGCGGACGUGGAUUUUUGCAAGGCGUUUUGGUUCCUAUCUGAAAGCGAAUUGAUGAAUCACGUCCCCAAUGUCGUUUCUCCUGGUGUUGCCGUUUCCCAGCUCAUUCAUCUACCUUCUGAACCUUUGAGUAUCUGCGUCGAUGGCGAAGAAAUCGACAUUCCCGUUCCCACCUCUCAUAUAGGUAAAAAAUCGGUUCAAGUGCGCUUAAUCAGCUAUAAAGUUCGCAAGGGAAUGAUUGGAACUGGUAAAAACGGGGCUGUGGAACCGCCUGCCAGAGGUUUGCUGUUUCAUUGUCAUGGUGGCGGUUUUGUGGCCCAAUCUUCCAAGUCGCACGAGGGUUACUUACGUGACUGGGCCAAACAACUUAAAGUUCCCAUCUUAAGCGUGGACUAUAGUUUGGCGCCAGAAGCUCCAUUUCCCAGGGCUUUGGAGGAGGUCGUCUACGCUUACGGUUGGGCGUUGAAAAACUGUGAACUUUUAGGCAGCACAGGAGAAAGGAUUGUGGCGGCUGGCGAUUCGGCCGGUGCGAAUUUGGUGAUGUCAAUGACUUUAAAAUGCAUCAACAUGGGUCUACCCCUCCCUCACGGCCUUUUUGUGGCUUACGCUCCUACCGUUAUCAAUUUUAUACCGUCACCCGCCAGAUUGCUGUGCAUGAUGGACCCUUUGCUGCCAUUCGGAUUUAUGAUGAGAUGCCUUAAAGCUUAUGCGUGUCCGGAUUUGACGGACAAGGUUAAGUCGGAUAAUUCCGACACGGAGAGCUUCGAAGAGAUCACCGAAUCGGAUUUAAUGGAAUUGCAAGCGCACAAAUCGCCUACUUCCGAAACAUCAGAUACAAUGACCUACGGAUCGCUGAACGCCGACGACGACGUCAAAGAAAUUGAUAUAGAACAAAGCGAGAAAAUGGUGUCGGAUUUUUUAGAAAAAUACGUCCUGGAUUCCGACACAGAAACGGACGGUACGAAAGUGCCGACGUUAAAAUGCGAAAGCGCAGCAUCAACUACUUCCAUCGACACGUCGAUUCAAACCAGAGUUACGACCUUCGUUUCCAAUUUGAAGGGACGGUUCGUGCAGCUAUUGGGUACCAGGACGCCCUCGGGCGCCGAAAGGUACCUGGAUGUGGACAGACAGUGCAGUCUGUUGGAUGAGUUCAGAUUCGUCGUGCCUAGAGACCCGUACUUGAGCCCUUAUUGCGCUGAUCCGGAGGAUUUGAAGAAGUUUCCGCCAACUAGAAUAUUGACGGUGCAUUUGGACCCGUGUCUUGAUGAUUGCGUAAUGUUUGGUAAGAAAUUAAAGGCUCUUGGAACUGAUGUCAAACUGGAUUUGCUCAGUGGUUUGCCACAUGGUUUUUUGAAUUUCUCCUUGAUAUCAAAAGAAGCUUAUGAGGGCUCAAAAACUUGCGUGGAUAGGAUUAAAUCCUUGUUGGAUUUGGAUAAUUUACCCCCUCUUACGGAAAACGGGCAAUAGAAUCGACCUAAUUUUAAAUUACGUCUAUGAAGUUCUAGUGAAAUUAAAAGAAGUAGGUAGACUCAAUCAAAUAUUUUUAUAUAUUGAAUUAUUAUUUAUGUUUUGUGUGCAGACGUACGAUUUGGUGAUAGUUUUAUUGUUUAUUAUUUAUAAAUUACAUUAUUUAUUAAUUCAUACAUGAAAUGUAUGUUUAUCUAUUUCUACUAAUUUAUUGUACAUUUGGAAUUGUAUUUUUUGUAUUAACAGUAAUUCGGUGCCGUUGUGGUAUUCAUAACCACAACAAGAGGAAGUACAGGAGUAUUUAAUAAAUUAACUGUGUAACCUAUCACAUAAACACACAGUCUAUUUUGGACUAAAUUAAGAAAAUGCUUAUGGCUUUUGUCAGGUGACUUGCAGUAGCCGAAUUGGUAUCGAAAUUUAUAUUAAAUGUAUUUUUGAUAAAUGUUGAUUAUUGAGGUUAAACGCGCAUCGUCCAGAAACUCGAAAUUGAACUUACUACUACUUAUACUCAUUUCCGGUGAUAUUGAAGCCAAAACGUUUCCAGUUUUUUUUGUUGAUUCUGUGAUUAAUUUUCGAUUGCAACAACGCUAUACUUAUGAUCUGAACGCCUAAUGAAACUGGUAACAUCAAUAAAUAGUCAAUAAUUAAGUAUUAGUAGUCCGAUAAUGUUUUUUCUUUUAAUAAUCAAGUACAAUAACUCAUCUUGCUCGCGGUGUAGGGUUUGAACCUGUUUGGCCUAACAAAUUUUUGUACUUACACUAUGAAUAGAUUGAGAUGUCCAGUAUUAUGAAAUUUCUUAAUAAUGUGAUGAAAUUGAAGUAUUUUACUUGAUUAAUUUUAGAAAAUAUGUCAGUAUUCGUUUAGUUUUUAUAGGCGAUUUUUAUCGUUUUUAAUAUUAAUAUAUUAAGAGAAUAUUGACAUAUUUUGAGAAUCUCUAUUUUAUCUUUCUUGAUAAACUUAAGUGUAAUUAAUAAUUCUCGUGUACAGAUAUAGAAAAUUGUUAAUAUUUAUAUACAUAUUGUAUUUACAGGAAUUAGCAAAAAUAAAAAUUAAAUAUAAAGUAAA